AAAAAAAUCAUCGGGCAAGACGAAGCAGUCGGUGAAUGCUGUGGCGAGUCGAUGUAUUCCGCCAUUUAAUCAAUUAUUUUUCCGCGGUCUACACAGUUUCUCGCAAAUAUCGGUUUAAUUUUCGUUUAUAUUGUGUUUAAUGCCGUGCAAAAUAGGCAUAUACCAUUCACACUAGUUCUCCCUGUGACACUUUACCAAUAUUUGUGGCAGUGUGGUAGCUAUUGAAGCGAGAAUUUCAAUCUGAAAGACACUUUUUGUGCCCCCAUGGCAGAGAUGGAAGAAAAAUAUGAUAUUGACGAGCUUAUCGCCAAGUUGCUGGAAGUGCGUUUAGCCCGCCCUGGAAAAAAUGUGCAACUCUCGGAAAGUGAAAUACGUGGGUUGUGUUUAAAGUCCCGUGAAAUCUUCCUGUCACAGCCCAUUUUGUUGGAACUGGAAGCCCCACUGAAGAUUUGUGGUGAUAUUCAUGGGCAGUACUAUGAUCUGCUGCGUCUAUUUGAAUAUGGAGGCUUUCCACCCUAUUCAAAUUAUCUAUUCCUUGGCGAUUAUGUGGAUCGUGGCAAACAGUCACUGGAGACAAUAUGCCUACUUCUUGCCUACAAAAUAAAGUAUCCAGAAAAUUUCUUCCUGUUGCGAGGAAAUCAUGAAUGUGCUAGUAUCAAUAGGAUUUAUGGUUUCUAUGACGAAUGCAAAAGACGCUACAACAUUAAGUUGUGGAAAACAUUUACGGAUUGUUUCAAUUGUCUGCCAGUUGCAGCAAUCGUUGACGAGAAAAUCUUCUGCUGUCAUGGUGGCCUAAGUCCUGAUCUGCAGUCAAUGGAACAAAUUCGACGUAUUAUGAGACCCACCGAUGUCCCAGACCAAGGUCUUCUGUGUGAUCUCCUGUGGUCUGACCCCGACAAGGAUACAUUGAGUUGGGGUGAAAAUGAUCGCGGAGUUAGUUUUACAUUUGGACCAGAGACGGUUCUGAAAUUCCUGCGUAAGCACGAGUUUGACUUGAUAUGUCGCGCUCAUCAAGUUGUGGAGGAUGGGUAUGAAUUUUUUGCAAAGCGACAACUCGUGACGCUAUUUUCAGCGCCCAAUUAUUGUGGAGAAUUCGACAAUGCAGGUGCAAUGAUGUCUGUGGAUGAGACAUUAAUGUGCUCAUUCCAAAUACUGAAGCCAGCCGAUAAGAGGCGAUUUCAGUAUGGCACCCCAAAUUCUAGACCAGUGACACCGCCACGUGGGCUACAUAAUAAAAAUAAGAAAAAAUAAGUAGGACAAGUGUAGGAGAUCAGAUUAAAACAAAAAAUGAGAAAUUUGAAGUAUAAGAGUUAUAAUCUUGAAUAAAAAAAAAUGCAAAAAGAAAAUACAUUCAAUACGAUAUCA